GUGCCCCCAUUUAAGUUACCAUUCCAGAUGUAAUGUAACCAUGCACGCACAACGUGACUGCACUUUGUUUGAUAGCCCGCAUAUCCAUGCAACAGAAUCAGCUUUCGUCUCCGAUUUCGAAAUAGGAACGAUUAUUGGAUGACAACAAACACGUGUAAAUACAUGGAUAUAGGACGCCAUCUGUUGGCCCGUGGUGAAAGUUAAGUGCCUUCUCAAAUCAUCACCUUCACAUCGGCUGGAAAUUUAAGGAUAUUACAAGGAUAACAUCCGUCGUCAUGGAGAAUAUGCAGACUCCGCCCACAAGAUACAGCAGACUGAGAACUCAGUCCGAGCAUUCAGAAAGCGACUGGGCUCAUAGGAGACAUCACAUGACCAGUGAAGUCGCGAAGGAAAUGAUACCUUUGGCCGGAGCCAUCAUUAUCGUCAUCGCCUUAUUCAUAGCAACCACUAUCGUUUACCUUCACACGUCCUCCACUCCGGCCCUGCGCGCAUUGGCCGAAAAAUACAAAGCGCGUGAGUUAAUACGCAGGAGGUCGACUAUAUUACCACAGGAUCCACCAUCGACUAUUUUUUCGUCACCCCGUGGUGACAUGUGCUUCCUGAAGUCAAAGUUGACGCGGACGGGUAUGCCGACCGUACAUUCCAUUUUCGCUGACCCCGUCUCUCAUAAAGUUGUUAUUGUUGGUGUGCGUCUGCAGUAUUCGGACUGGCGAAGUGAUGAUUUUGUGUGCGAAUACGAAAAAAACAAGCGCGUUGCCUGCGACACAGUGGUUAACGAUGAUAGGAGUUUUGGAUAUAGACCGCAAUAUGUUAUUAUAAUAACGUGCCCAAUACCAAUGAGCCUUCAUGAGAGAAAAAACUUGUCAGUCUCUCUCUAUCGCGGGGUAGAGGGUAUUUAUUCAAGAACGAAUUCGUACGAGAACAUCACUGUGUGCUCCUCAGGCGCCUCAAAACGGCAACGUCGUAUGUUGAGUGUGUGUACGAUGUUGAAAGACUCGGAUGAAUUCGUGCCCGAGUGGGUGGCUUUUCAUCAACAUGUCGGAGCUGACCACAUCUUUAUUUACGACAACCAAGUCGAAGAAAAGAGCACGCUUCGUGAAACCGUCGCCCGCGAAAUCGUGAGCGGCCUGGUCACUGUGAUACCCUGGUCCCACGAAUCGACAGCGUGUAAAAAUUACCUCGAAGUGCAGAUCGCACACGAGAACGAUUGCCUGUGGAGAAAUCGGCACAUGUCGAAAUGGAUGGUGAAAAUCGACGUCGAUGAGUACGUCCAACCGAUGAAUCCGGACAAACCGCGGAUCACGGACUACCUAAGCGAUCCGUUGUAUGACCGGAUUGGAGCAGCCCGAUUGCAGAACUGGUUCUUCGGGCGACCGAAUACAACCGAACCGCUUGGUGGGCAAUCGCUUAUUCAGAGGAAUCAAUGGAGGGCCGAGGAACCGACAGAACCGAACGCGUCGCACGACAAAAACAUCCUGCGACCGAUAAACGUGCAUUAUUUCAAGAUACACGCUAUGAAACUUGGAGGUCCUGCCGUCACACUAGAUCCAUGGAAGGAACUCCGUAUGGUGCAUUACCGGGGUGAUAACCCGAGGAAACUCAACUUCAGACUACCCGACUUUAGUGUCCAAGAUACGAGUAUGUCGGAUAUCAUUGAUUUGAUAGCUCAAACAAAACCCUUAACGUAAUGUGAUGAUGAAUUUACAACUAUAUUAUGCCGAUACCAAUGUGGUAUAUCUCCAUUUCAUAGGAUAUACGGCUUUGCACUUGUUGUGAUAUUGCAUAAUGUUAUAUUUAUUUCUCGCUCAUCUCAUGAAUGAAAAAACCUGGACUGGUGUUUCUACUUCUAGUGCAUUUCUCUCUCUCUCUCUCUCUCUCUCUCUCUUUAUUUCUUUCUCUCUUACACACACACACCCUCAUUCUCAUUCAAUCUGUCUCUUAUGCACACGUACCCUCAGUCUUUCUCUCUAUCGCCCACACAAACACAUUCUG